GGUCAUGAUUCGCUGGUCGUUGAACAAGAAACGACUGUAGUUGUGGUCGUGUUAGUUGGUCGUGCAAAGAUUCCUGUUUAUCCUGCUCGCCACCGGUCUAUCACGAACUAUUUCUUAUGAAACCUCAAACAAGAAGGAAGUCUAUAUUUUUGGAUAAACUUAACAGCAGCGAUGAGGAUUUCACGGGCGUUAUUACGAGAUAUCAGCAAACUAAUCCAGCGUUAUAGCCGUUACCAGCAAUCGUGCUUGUCCAUUGAACAAUACACUACAUUUGGUAAAAAUGCCAAGCCAGUUGAUUCCUACAGAUUUGGAAAGCAUGAGUUACCUGUGCGUCUUGCACACAUCAUCAGAGAGAUUGACUUACUCCCCAAGAAUCUACUGCGAAUGCCAUCUGUUGAAUUAGUUAGAAGCUGGUAUGUCCAGAGUUUUUCAGAGUUAUUAGAAUUUGAAGAUGAUGAUGGAGAAGAAGCCAACAGAUUUACUGAGACGUUGGCUCAUAUCAAACAGAGACAUAACAAUGUAGUAGAGACCAUGGCACAGGGAAUAAUGGAACUAAGGCAAAAGGAAGGAUUGUCUGCAUUUCAUCCCUCUAUUCAAUACUUCUUGGAUCGUUUUUACAUGAACAGAAUUGGAAUAAGGAUUUUGAUCACCCAGCACUUGAUGCUGUUUGGCCACGAGGCAGCUAGAAGCUCCAAGAGUAACUUUGUGGGCUGUUUUGAUCCCAACUGUCAUGUUGCCUCAAUAGUAGAAGAUGCAGCUAAUAAUGCAAGAUUCCUGUGUGACCAGUACUAUUGUUCUUCACCUGAGCUUGUGGUCAGCGAACAUAAUGCCUACGAGUCGAUAAGCCAUAUCAAGUUUGCCUACCUGCCAGCUCACCUAUAUCACAUGCUAUUUGAACUGCUAAAGAAUGCAAUGAGAGCAGUCACAGAAAACUACUCGACCAGCGUGGAUAUGCCUCCUAUUCAAGUUAUGAUAACCAAAGGCAGGGAAGAUCUUACCAUUAAGAUAUCAGACAAGGGUGGAGGCAUCCCUCGUAGCAAGAUAGAUGAGGUCUUUGAAUAUCACUAUUCCACAGCUCCUGAGCCAUCCACAUCUGGGACUGUCGCCCCACUGUACUCUCCAGGCUUGGGCUCAGAACUGGGUAGUUCUAACAGCCGAGUGAGGAUCAGGGGAUAUGCUACACAGCGGAGGAGGGACAAAGAGCCCUACCAAUACUGGGACUACAUUGCUGGGUAUGGUUAUGGUUUGCCCCUCUCUAGACUCUAUGCAAAGUAUUUCGAUGGAGAUCUGCAGUUGUAUUCAAUGGAAGGAUAUGGAACAGAUGCUGUUAUAUGGCUCAAGGCUCUGUCAACAGAUGCAAGUGAAGUAUUACCCAUGUAUAACCGAAGGACCCCAAAGAACUAUGAGGAAGUAAGGGCAUCUGCUAACUACGCAAGUGACUGGAGUUCCUCAAGGUUCUAUGGCCGGCCAGGCACUCACAGAUUUAUUUCCACAUACAACACAAGAAGAACUAUUGGUGAAAACUGUCCGAGAAAAAAAGCACUUUAAUAAUGUACAUGAGAUAAAUAAGUAUGUACUGUAGAUAUGUUAUUGAGGGCAUGCACAAAUAAGAAUUAACUAUGAAUUAGUUAAUAUGCCUGCCAUGGUUAGUUCAUUGUAAAUAUUGUCACUGAUUAUGGAAUAGGGACUUACUAUUUUUCAUAGAUUCCAAGACAAAGAUUCCACAGAUAAAAUUAUAACCUAUGAUUAGACUGAUAUACGGGAUAAUUGGAGUAUUCCAAUGCUAUGUUUCAUUUAAAGAUUUUAACAUUAUAUGGUGGAUGAUAGCAACCUGCUGGACUGCUUCCAGAGCAGGUUGGCAUCAUCAAAGCCUUCUGUUAUAACUUAUCUUAUGAGCACAUGAACAAACAAUAAAAGUUCAAACGUGA